AUGAGCUCGAACGGAGAAGCUUCAGCCAAAGGAGGGGGAGGCCAUAGGUCCUCCAAGUCUUGCUCCCGCUCACAAAAGGCAGGAUUGAAUUUCCCUGUCGGAAGAAUUGAAAGGCUUUUGCGGGAAGGCAACCCUGCCACUCGAUUCAGCGCUGGUGCGCCAGUAUACUUAGCAGCUGUUUUAGAAUACCUUGCUCUUGAGGUGUUGGAGCUUGCAGGCGACACGGUCAAACAGGCCAACAAAACUAGAAUUACGCCAACACAAAUUCAAGUGGCUGUACAAACUGAUAAUGAGCUGAGGGAAGUGUUUGGGAAUGCUACAAUUCCCAGUGCAGGCGACACGGCCAAACAGGCCAACAAAACUAGAAUUACUCCGACACAUAUUCAAGUGGCUGUGCAAACUGAUAAUGAGCUGCGGGAACUAUUUGGGAAUGCUACAAUUCCCAGUGCUGGUUUGUCGAGCAAUACUCGUGCUGAGUUCUUUCCAGAGAGUGGUGAAGGAAAUCAACGAGGGGAUAGUACCUCAUUUUAG